AUGUCUCUUCCUUCCUCUCACUUGGCCGCUGUGGUGCCGGAAGCGGGUGCGCAGCACAAAGUGGUCGACCGUUCGCUCGGCUCGCUCGCCGCCGACGAGAUUGCCGUCAAGAUCACCGCCACUGCCAUUAACCCUGUUGAUUGGAAGAUCCGCGACUACCGCAUCUUUAUUACCGAGUUCCCUGCGGUCCUCGGCUCGGAUGCAGCUGGUGAAGUUGUCGCCGUCGGCUCGUCUGUCAAGUCGCACACCGUUGGCGAACGUGUGUUCUUCCAGGGCAUUCUGGGCAACUACGAUUCGUCUACUUUCCAGCAAUACGCCAAGAUUCCUGCAAGCCUCGCUGCAAAGACGCCCAAAAAAGUUUCUGACGACCAAGCUGCCACCUUCUGGGUAGCGGGUAUGGCGGCUGCUACUGGCUUGUACCACAACAGCGGACUGAGUCUCGCUGCUCCCUGGGACAAGAACGGCGACAGCGUGGGUAAGGGCAAGACCGCCAUUAUCUUGGGCGGCUCUUCAUCGGUUGGACAGUACGUCAUCCAGUUCGCUAAGCUCUCCGGCUUUGAUCACAUCAUCACCUCUUCCAGCGCAUCGCACUUUGACUACCUCAAGAAUCUCGGUGCCACCCAAGUAUUGGAUCGAUCCCAAGCCACCACCGCUUCCGAGUUUAUUGCUGCCAUUGACUCCAACUCUGAAGCGACGUGGGUGUACGACUCGAUCUCGUCCGCCUCCACGCAGCUCCUCGCCGUGCAAAUUCUGCAAGCGCUCCAAGGUGGUAAAGUGAUCACCGUCACGCCGGCCGACGAAAAGGCCGCCGCCCAAUCCAAGGUCGAUGGCAAACCAAACGUCGAGGUGUCAAACAUUCUCGGUAUCGGCAGCAACCCCGCCUACAGGUACGUCUCCGAACCGCUCGCUGCCCAUCUGGGUGGCGAGGACGGUUACGUCGCAACUGGCAAGGUCUCGUUGAACAGGACUCAAGUGGUGCAAGGUGGCCUGAACAGUGUUGAAGAGGCACUCAAAAUCAACAAGCAAGGCGUCAGCGGUCUCAAGGUCGUCAUCCUGCCAAACGAGGCGUAG